AUGCCGGCGCCGAGUUAUCAGCAUAUUCAACUUCGCCCCGGAACGGCAUUUACUGAAACUUCCGGGUAUCGAGGAGAUGGGGAGUAUUUUGAGGAUUUGGCCAAGGCUUGUGCUGCGGAAAUUCAAGCACUCUAUGAUGCUGGGUGUAGGAAUAUUCAAGUCGAUGAUCCUCAUUUGACAUAUUUCUGCUCGGAGCAGUUUUUGAAGGGUUGUGAAAUUGAUGGUGUCGAUUCGGAUGCUUUGUUGGAUUUGUAUAUGGAAGCUCAUAAUAUUGUUUUUGAGAGAGAGGCCUGGGCGAGAUUUACAUAUGGGGACGCAUCUUUGUCGAGGGAAUAUGAGUGGUUCGAAUCAUUGGGUUAA